AAAAAAAAUCCUAUGUAGCCCCCAUUUAGGAAGGACUCUAUACAUAACUUCUGCACUUUUUUUUUCUUCCGGAGCUUUCUUUUGUAGUCAGAAAGAAAGAGAAAAAAGAGAUUUGAUUCAUAACUCCCACCCUUUUUGAGUUCAUCUUUGUAGCCCCCAUUGAGCUAGCUGUUGCUUUUACUUCCAAUACCCAUAUUUGCCCCAUAAUAUUUCGUCCCCUUUCUCCUAAUUCACUACCAACCAACUCUGUCCCUAUCCAUUUCAGUACUACAUUUCUGCUAUUCCCCUUUACGCGCAAUACGUACACAAGUAUGAAGUAUAUAUAAAUACACACACACACACACACACAGGAGACAUAUCCAGUUCUAUAGGCAGAGUUUGACAAAACAAGAAGGAAUCCCAUAGUUUAUAUAUUCAGGAUCCCGUUUUUCUUAUUUUAAUUAGGGGAGAAAAGAAAGAGGAUGAAGAUUCAGUGCGACGUUUGUGAUGUAGAAGAGGCAUCUGUCUUUUGCUCAGCAGAUGAAGCUGCACUCUGUGAAUCUUGUGAUGCUCGAGUUCAUCACGCUAAUAAACUCGCUAGCAAGCAUCUUCGUUUCUCUCUUAUGCAUCCUUCUUCUUCUAAAGAAUCCCCCUCCUGCGAUAUUUGCCAAGAGAGACGUGCCCUGCUUUUCUGUCAACAAGACAGAGCAUUACUCUGUAGAGAAUGUGACGGUCCAAUUCACAAUGCUAAUUUACAUACCCAAAAGCAUACCAGAUUCCUUCUUACAGGAGUGAAGCUUUCAGCUUCUUCAACAACGUUUGCAGCUUCAUCAUCGUCACCGUCGUCAUCAUCCACAUCCAGUUCUGCUGUGUCCAAUAAUGUUGGAAGUAGUAGUACAAGAAGUUGUACCAGAACUGAUAGGAAGAUCAAGGAUCCGGUUGUCAAUUUCAGUCCAUCUUACCACAUGGAUCAUAAUAAUAAUUGGGCUUCUGAAUCCACAUCAAAUCAAGAAGGCUUCUUCCCAGUCUAUACCACUAAUGAUAAUAAUAUUUCGGAGUAUCUCACUGAGAAUCUUCCCGGAUGGCAUGUUGGCGAUUUUCUUGACCCUUCUUCAUGUUCUCCAUAUGGGUUCUCCGAGGCUCAUGAACAGAACAUUCCGACAUUUAUGCACGAAGAAGAAUUUCCCAGCAGUUAUGGUUGCUACUGAAAUGUGGGGAAGUUGUUAUGGAUAUGAAGAAUUCAUACCAUAAGGAUGAAUCCAGAUGAUUAAUGUAAUGGAAUGAGGAGGAUUUUUUAGAGGGCCUUUGGAUCAGUUAAGACUUUAGAGACCCCCAGAAACCUUGAGAAAUUCUUUAAGAGUCAAAAAAUGACUGGAAUGACUUUGUUGGUUUUGGUGACAAUUUUCUUUUCCUGUUUUCGUUCCUCAGAGCAAAAAACAGAUAGUCAACUUUUUGUUUUCUGCGGGUGAUCAAUCUUUUCAAUUCGAACCCUUUUUGCUGCUCUUCAUUCUGCUAAAUGUAAUUUCAAGCCAUGGAAGCUAUCCUUGUUUUUUUUUUUCCCUUGAUCAAAUUCAGUGUCUCAUUUUUUCCUUUUUUUAGUGUAUAUUUUGCUACCUAUCAGUCUCA